UGCUCUUUGUUUGCAAAUGAAGGCCAGUAUUCUCAUCAGCGCUCAGGCCAUUGAUCAGCGCUCAGAACCGUCCGCUGUAAUUGAGCCCUCUGUAGCAACGUCCCCUGAUCUUUUGAUAACGGCAAAGCAGAAAUUCAACAGCUCGAUUCAUCCGGUCCGAGCUCCGGAAUCGAAAACAUCGCCCCCUCCCAUGUGCUCGGAGUCAACUGGAAUCAGAAACGCUUUCAAAUAUGUCAAUACGGUGAUGUCGGUCCUCGUGUUUAUCGUUGGGAUAGUGGGGAAUUCAGCCCUGCUGACGAUCAUAUAUGCAAACAAACGAAUGAGAAGUGGACCCAGUGUUCUGAUUGGCAGCCUUGCUUUGGGGGAUCUAAUACACGUGGUGAUAGACAUUCCAAUCAACGCGUACAGGCUCAUGGCAGAAGACUGGCCCUUCGGCUUGGCGUUGUGUAAACUUGUCCCCUUCAUACAGAAGACCUCUGUUGGAAUCACCGUCCUGAGUUUGUGUGCUCUGAGUGUGGACAGAUAUCGAGCUGUAGUGUGCUGGAAUCGAAUCAAAAGUGUGGGAUUUUCAGUGUGGACAGCAAUUGAGAUAACACUGAUCUGGCUUAUUUCCAUCAUUCUGGCUGUGCCCGAAGUCGUCGGGUUUGACAUGAUAAGCAUGAAGUAUAAAGAAAAAGAUCUGAGGAUAUGCCUGCUUCAUCCCAUGCAGACAACAGCCUUCAUGCAGUUUUAUAAAUCAGCGAAGGACUGGUGGCUCUUUGGCUUCUACUUCUGCAUGCCGCUGCUUUGGACCGCUGUCUUCUACACACUAAUGACCAGGAGGAUGCUGAAGAGGACUGGGAACACAUUAAGUGACCACACCAAGCAGAGACACGAAGUGGCCAAAACGGUCUUCUGCUUAGUGGUUGUGUUUGCAGUGUGCUGGCUGCCUCUUUACCUGAGCAGAAUCCUGAAAUUAACCAUGUAUGAUCAAAAAGAUCCAAACAGAUGUCAACUUCUGAGCAUUUUCCUCAUCCUGGACUAUUUUGGGCUCAAUCUGGCAUCCCUCAACUCAUGCAUCAACCCUAUUGCACUGUACGUCGUCAGCAAAAGAUUUAAAAGUUGCUUCAAGGCAUGUCUGUGCCAUUGCUGUCGUCCUCUUCAAGCUGUUCUAACCCACAACGUUUUGAAGUCCAGAAUGCAGGAUCCAGCCUCUGAGCCUAGUAACAUCAAAGCCCACAACUUCCACACCUCCACCUGAGCACCCGAACUCCUCAGUGUGUCAACAACACUCCGACCCUGCACUGCGAAAAGAACAGUCAUUUUCCACUCCCCCCCACUUCCAAUAUCAAAGCGCCCCGAUGCUUGACCCGAGCAGACGAAACACCCGUUCCUAAUAAAAUGGCACACCUUUUGGAUGACACAUCUGUUCUCCUGCUUUUGUCAGUGCAACAUCUGCUUCGGCGUGAACAACCUGGAAACACUGCUCGCCCUCGGGGCCUGACUCACUCCGA